UUUAGAAUAACAUUAUAACAUCAUACCGCUUCAAACUAUCAAAGUGUAUUCAUUUCGGUUAGGUUCAUUUGUCUAAAAAAAAUAUAAAACAUGACUUGCAGAUUAAUGUUUCUUUUGCUUUUCUAUUUUCUGUAUUGCACCAUUGCAGAAGAAACAAACAUUUAUCGUAUGAAAUUAAUUAGACGAAAAUCUCCAUUGCAAAUGCUAAUUAAAGAUCCUCAUUAUAUGAGAAAAUUAAAUAUUCAAAAAAUACCUCCAACUAAUGAGAAUAUCACACUAUUUAAGUAUAUGGACAGUGAAUACUACGCGGAAAUAUUAGUGGGCAAACCUGGACAGAAAUUUUCAGUGAUUUUUGAUACAACGUGGAGCGACAUGUGGUUACCAUCAAAAUUAUGUUCAGAUAUAAUAUAUCCAAUCUGUGGUAAGAAGAAUAGAUAUGAUCCAGAUAUUUCAUCAACGCACAAAUUUAUAGAUCCAACACCGUUCAAUGUAGAUGGAUUAGUUGGGAAUUUAACAUGUGACACAAUAAGAUUGGGACAUUUAAACGUUACUGAUUUGAUAUUUGCUGAAAUCAUUGGGAUACAAAACUUAACGCAAUAUCAAUUCAUGCACGCCGAUGGAGUAAUUGGUUUAGGAUACAACACCAUGGCUAGAACGACGAACAAUACAUUUUUUUAUAAGUUACUGGAUGAUAAAAAAAUUAUAAAACCAAUUUUUUCAGUGUAUAUGAACCGAGAUGAGACAACUACAAAAGGAGGAACAAUAUUUCUUGGUGGUGUUGAACCAAAACAUAUCAAAGGUGAAACAACCUAUGUCCCUGUAGUGCAAAAAAAUUAUUGGCAAAUUGAAAUGAAUCAGUUUUCAGUGUUGAUAAACAAAACAUAUGCAAAGACAUUUUGUGAUCAAGGAUGCCAAGUAAUAUUGGAUACGAGUUCUAACCAAAUUGGAGUACCCACCAAUUACGUAGCUGCUAUAAAUUAUCUAGUUAAAGCCACUUUAUAUCUAUACAACAGAUAUGAGGUAAAUUGUUCAUUAGUGAAUAAGUUGCCAAAAAUCACUAUCAACAUAGGUUCUCGAGAUUUUCAUCUUAGUGGAAGACAUUACAUUCAAAAAUUUUUAAAAAUUUUAAACAUGUUUAGAUGGAUAAUGGACAAAAUGGAACGAUUUGCAUAACAGCGUUUUGUGAUUCAGGAUUGGGCGAUGGACUUUGGUCAUUAGGAGGUGGAUUUUUGUCCAGCGUUUACACUACAUUUGAUUUGGAAAACAAUAGAAUUGGAAUUGCAAAUUUAAAAUAGAAAUAAUAUAAUUUUCAAAUAUAAAACUUUCAUUAAUGUUAGUUAUAAGUAACUAUGUGAAUUCUUUUUUUUUGUUUAUUAUGUUGAAUAUCUAAUGACAAGUUCUUAGUUGUUGAGUCUCCGUAAUCUUUCCGAUAUUAAAAUAAAUAAAUAAAUAUUAAUAGCGAGAUAAAAAUUCUACUAUAUUAUUUAGAUUAUAUUAAACUAUUAAGAUAUUA